GAAUCUCAAACUGCCACUGAGACACAGAGAGAGAGAGAGAGAGAGAAAACACAGCCCAUGAAUCAUGAUGUCUUUCAAGCUUCUGCUCGUGCUGAACACCGCAGUUUUGUCAGGGACGUGUUGGCAGUAUGACCUGGUGCUGAGUAAUGACGGCCCCAUCAGCACUGGUGCUCAGGGCAGAGUGGAAGCCAGGCUGGUCCCCAGGGCUGGCAGCCGGCCGGACCCCCUCCAGCCCCAGCCUUACACCUUCCAUUGGUACCUGGAGAGUCCGCUCGCCAUCGUGCGGAGGUCGGAGCAGGAACUCGGAUCCACCAUCACCGUCCGCAGCCUUGCCCCCAAGGUCUACGCUCUCCGUGCUUGGGUGACCCAAAACGAGUGUGCCUGGUGCCCCCCGGCAGCGCACGGUUCCACCAAACUCUAUAUAACAGACUCUGUGGUGGGAACUCUUUCACUGGUGCAACCAAAUGGCAGCAUCACUUCUUCCAGCAAGGAAUAUGAACUGGCCACCAAGAGCUCAACAAAGAUCUCGUUCAUUCUUUAUGAUCCAAGCGAUUACUUCGUCACUGCUACAUUCCGCUACUUCUGGCACUUUGGUGAUGGGGAGCGAAUGGUCACAAAUAAAUCUUACGCACUUCAUACCUAUCCAACACCAGGGAUUUACCAGCUGCAUGUUGAUGUUGUUGCAUAUCUCAAUCAGUCCCAACAAAAGACUGGAGUAUAUGGUGCUUCACUGAAACUUCUAGAUACAAUCAAAGAGAUUGAAGUCAAGAGUGUAGAUGACACCCAUGCAGACCACAGAAUGGACUUUUACUUGUAUGUUAAUGGCAGUCCCCCACUCAAGGUAUGCUGGCUCAUUUUUCGCAACUGCAUCCCUGUCAUUGAUCACAGAUGUCGUCCAAUAGAGCUGCUCAGCUCAACCGUCGCCAACCUGAGCUACACCUUCAGUGAGCUGGGACCGUACACCUUCAACGUGAAGGCUGAGAACAGUGUGAGCACCCUCCAGGCAUGCUAUAAAAUAACCACCUGGCAAAAUGGUACCCAUCCAGUUUGGUUCAUCGUGCCAUGUGUUACUCUGUUCACCGUCAUUCUCCUCUUCAUCCUGUCUGUUGUCAUGAGAAAGGGCAGUUCCCAGAAGGACCUGGUUGAGGUAGCGGAUUUUGAUUUCUCUCCGAUGACAGACAAGUCAGUGAAGGAAGCUUGGGCUUCUACUCGGAGGACCGUUCACAUCUGCUGCGUCCCCUGUGGCCGAGUGGGUAACAGGUCACACAGCCUCAGCGGGAGAGAAGUCCAUUCACUCCUGAAGUUCAGUCACACCCAGCUCCAGGAUUACACCCACAGGCCCAAAAUGUGUUCCUCCAGUCCGUUAUGAAGUUGCUUUGCUUUAUUUUGCUGGACAACCUCUAUCAAGCGGCAGGCAUGAUGGGUCUGUCCCCUCCACUUCGGAGCACUACUGAGGGAGUGCUGCACUGUUGGAGAAACUGUCUUUCCGAUGAGACUUUAAACCGAAGCCCCGCCUGGUCGCUCAGGUGUAUGUAAAAGAUCCCACGACACUACUUCAAAGAAGGGCAGGGGAGUCCUUCCCGGUGACCUGAACAACAUUUAUCCUUCAGCCAGUUUCAACCGGAAAAACAGAUAAUCUGUGGGAGCUUGCUGUGCACAAAGUUGGCCAUCGCGUCUCCUACAUUAACAACAAUGGCUGCACUUCAAUAAUAUGUAACUGGCUGCAAAGCUCAAGGGGACAUGCUGAAGUCAUGAAAGGCACUAUAUAAAUGCAAGCUCUGUCUUUCUUUCUGCCA